GAUGUGAUGCUUACGGCAGUUAGUGGCUGCAUUUCUUUGCGCCCAUGCUCGCCUGAUGGCCCAAUGCUCAACAAAGAUUUGUCCGAAAAUCUGCCAGUGGGCUCCAGAUGCCAGCUGGAACAUGAACAGACCACUCCAGAUGUGAAUUCUGCAGCCAAACGCAUCGUUGAUCAGUUCGUAAAUGGCAUGAGGACUUGUCUUGAGACCCUGCAGUGUGACAAUGGGACUCCAAAAGGAGGUUGUUUCACAGGUGUUUCAACAAUUUUCCAAAGUGUGGAAGACACCGUGAGAGAGUUUUUCGCCCAUGUAUCAUGCAAGGGCAAAGUUGAACAGCUUGAGGCCCAGUCCCUGUGUUCCGAGGUCUCUGCGCACUGUAAGCGUCAAAGUGAGGGCUGCAAUGGCUGUGCAAAAGCAGUGACGCGAAAGAUGUUGAUGCUCUUCACGGCAAAGUCAGUUCCAGCUGACUCUUUCAGCUCUGCUGUAGCGUCCGUCGCAGAUAGCAUUAUUCUUCAGCUAGACACCCAACUGGCCUGUUCUGGCACACGUGAUUCUGGUGAGUCCAGCCUUGUGAAAUCUGAAAUGGCAGACAAACUCUCCAGCGAUGAGUUCCACGCUACCGUGACUAGGGAAGUGAGCCAGGUGCUGCUUAAAUUAGCGCAAAGUUUUACUGGACCUGUGAUGUUGGACAACCCUCCAGGCUUCUCUCCUGCCUCUGAUUCCGCUUCCAUCGCAUCCAGCCUCGUGGGAACCGUUCUAGAUGGAGUCCGAUGCUUGAUGAACUCCCCAGCCCAAGAUGCUCUGACUCAAGAUUUGAAAGUGUGGUCCGCCACACGUGAUAUGUACGGUCGCUUGCAGUUGAAUCUCAGAGAUUUCUUUACGAAGCUGUCAAGCCGCCAAAGGAAGGCUGUGCAUUCUGCUUCAGCUAAGGAAGCUAUCGGCCAAGUCUUGCUUUGCAUUCAGGAGGAGCUCGCAAACUCAAGCAAGUUCCAAAGUUCUGACGACAACUUCAAGGAGAUAACGGUCGUCAUUGAUUCACUGAUUGAAGAUGUUGGGAUGGUGGACUGUCACACUGACCUGGACCAGGAUAGGCCCCUCUCCUCCUUAUCUGGUACCUCAGAAGGAAGCUGGUCAAACUGGAGUGAGGAGAGCCUUCCUGAAGAGUCUGUGGUCAUACCAGAGGUCUCCACUGCAGCCCCCAUGGCAGCAGACACAUUGGUGGCUGUGAACAUUGACCUGAGCGAUUUGCCUCAAGAUGAGGCUUCUGCGUGUGUACCGCACGAAACCGUAGUGAGCGCUGUGAACAGCAUCACCUCGACGUUCGGCUUGCAAAAUGAGGAGAGCUCCAGCAGGCCGCCCUCUCAGGGUCAUCUGACCUCAGUGUGGAAGAGAUUAGAAAAGGCUCUCUCCCAGGGACAUAUUCAGUCCUCUCAGGACCUGAUUGAGGACGUUUACCAGAUUCUCCUGAAGGGUAGACAAACUGUUGCUGCUGCAAAGUCUGCCUCCGACUCUGCUCUUGUUGCCAUGAAACAGGCCCAGGAUGUACGUCAAGGAGCCAUGGUUAGCCAGAUCAUAGGCAUGUUCGCACAGGAGUGUGUGAGGGAUUUAUUUCUGCCUUGCUUCAAAUUGCCCUCGUCAUGGAAGUCAGGUGCAAGGGCCCCCCUGAGGUCGGCCGCUGCCUCAGUGUCCUGUCCAGGUGGCCUAAGCUCCAUGGCCAGAAACGGAGAGGACCGCGCCGCGGAAUCACCGUCUCAGAUUCUGGCAGAGGUACUGCAGGUUGCCAUGAAUGCGAUGGUCGCUGACGUCAUGAAUAUACUCUCCCUGGCAACGCGUUCGCCCAUGGAUAUGGAAGCUUUUCUGAAGGAGUCUGGUUUACCCGGUUACGAUGUUGCCUUCAACACACCAGAUUUAGGACUCGAUGACAAGAGACGUGCAGACAGUCAGGAAGGUUCUACGGACUACUCCAGCCUUGUGUCUGUGCUCAUGAUCCGCCUGCUGUCAAAGCUACAAAAUGAGGAUUCACUCUCUGACGAUAUGCUGGAUCAAUGCAGAGAACUUAUCAACAAGGUGCUCUCUGAGCUCACAGCAGCACUUGGUGUCUCCAAAACUGACUUUUGCCCUGCUGAUGUGAACAUUUGCACAGUAUUCAAAGUUAUCUACAAUAACCUCCUGAGUGAAUAUGGAUCAAAGAAGUGUCCUGUUGGCCUUGGAGAUAAAGGACCCCUCAGUAGAGAAGAUUGUUGUGAGAUCUUUGAUCAGCGAGAUUACGACUGAUGUGACAAAUGAUAAUGAUGCUACAUCUAAGAAAGACAAGAGAGGGAGUGGAUGCUUUCAGUUCCUUCCAAAUAUGAAGAAGAUUAAGUCUUGCCUGAAGAGAAACAAGUCAGGCAGCCAAAGAAAGGCCAACGCAGAUGGAGCCACAGCAAUCAGCAUCACUGACAAUAUUGCCGUUUCCCCAGAGUCCUUUGCCUGUUCGGUCUCAUUGGAUGAGGAGCCAUGCAUCCCCAUUGGCUCACCUGAGAAGAGACGCUCUCUCUUCACCCGCAUCAGAUCUUUCUUUAAGAGGAGGUCUUCUGCGGUCUCGCCAGUGUAGCUCAAGUAACAACUUGAAUGGCCUCAGCUGUGGCACAACUGGCUGGGGCACCUGCACUGUACGCCGGUGACCUGGGUUCGAUUCCCGCCCUGCGGUCCUUUCCGGAUGUCACCCCUGCUCUCUCUCCCAUUCACUUCCUGUCACCCUUCACUUCAAAAGGCCCCAAAAUCUUUAAUCUAAAUUUAACUUUUUGAACCUCUGUUAUUUUUUGCUCCUGUGCGUCCCCAUUGGCUCACCUGAGAAGAGAUGUUCUCUCUUCACCCGCAUCAGAUCUUUCUUUAAGAGGAGGUCCUCAUGCGGUCUCGCCAGUGCAGCACAAGUAACAACUUGAACCAACCAAACGGAAAAACUUGAAUUUGAAUGUAUUCUUUUAGAACCUCUGCUAUGUUUUGCUCCUGUGCGGCCCCAUCGGCUCUCCUGAGAGGAGAUGCUCUCUCUUCACCCGCAUCUUUAAGAGGAGAUCCCAUGUGGUCUUGCCAGUGCAGCUCAAAUAGACAAACAAAAAACUUGAAUUUAAUUUUAUUCUUUUACUUUUUGAACCUCUGUUAUUUUUUGCUCCUGUGCGGCCCCAUUGGCUCACCUGAGAAGAGAUGCUCUCUCUUCACCUGAAUCAGAUCUUUCUUUAAGAGGAGGUCCUCUGUGGUCUCGCCAGUGCAGCACAAGUAACAACUUGAACCAACCAAACGGAAAAACUUGAAUCUAAAUUUAUUCUUUUACUUUAUGAACCUCUACUAUUUUUUGCUCCUGUGCGGCCCCAUUGGAUGAGGAGCCAUGCUCCACCUCUGGCUCUCCUGAGAGGAGAUGCUCUCUCUUCACCCGCAUCUUUAAGAGGAGGUCCUCUGCGGUCUCGCCAGUGCAGCUCAAGUAGCAACUUGAACCAACCAAAUGGAAAAACUUGAAUUUAAAUGUAUUCUUUUACUUACUUUGAUAGUAGAUAUUGACAGGAAGUGAAUGGAAGGGAGAGCAGG